AUGAAUGCCAAAAUGGGGGAUGCAGAGUACAGUGCAACUAUACUCCGAAAGAUGACUGAGACAAAGAUACUAGGAAAUGGUUUUGACGAUGAACAAGGACAACCUUCAAAUUCUGAUCCAGUGGAUAAGGAUCCCAUGUCUGCCUCUCUUUGUAUAUUACACAAUGAAAAUGAACUUAUUGAGAUCACCAUUGCUUCUUAUGUUUCAAAUGCAAAACUAGGAUCUGGUCUGGAUUUUAGCAAAUGGGUUUUAAUUGACAGUUCUUUCUUAAAUUGUAACAUAGUAGUCUCAUCAGUUGAAUUUUAUGUCUUGAUGCCUCAAGAGUUCGGAGUUAGCUAG